CUGCGCAUGCGCGGCUCUUCCCGCCUUCGUGCGAAUCUCCUCCGACCUUCUCGAUUUCCGCCGAUUUCUUCCCCCGAGCAGAUCUGACCAGCUGACAACAUGGAGGACAUCAUAGCUCAGAUGCAGCAGGAAAUCCUAUGCAGGGAAAGGCAAAUCAACUUUUUAGCCAGCAUACUGGGAGAGGAUGACAGUCCCCUCCCCAGCAGCCUGUUCCUCUACGGUCACAGUGGAACAGGAAAAACACUUGUGACGACAACCCUGCUCAAGAAGCUAGACAUUGUCACUAGUCACGUAAACUGCGUUGAAUUCUACACCUCUCGGGUCAUGUAUGAGACCAUCCUCAAUCAGCUGAGUGGUACGGUUCCCACCAGCAACAACAACUACACGUCCUAUGCGUCCUGUGACAAUCUGGGGGAUUUUACAAGACACGUCCGGGAAAUUGCGAAGGAGAGAGGAGACCCACGAAUGGCUAUUGUGUUGGAACGCAGCGAGCGCCUCAGAGACUGCGAUGCUAACAUCCUCCCAGUGCUGUGUCGAUUGCAGGAACUAACUCAAGAUGUCAAUAUUGUUGUCAUCCUGUGUUCAACUCUCCCUGUGGAAAAGUUCCGUGCUUCAACUGGAUUUAUGGAGCCGAUUGCCUUUCAUUUUCCUCAGUAUACAAAAGAUGAAUUGGUCAGAAUCCUGGUGACACGUAGAGUGUCAGAAUAUUCCGAAGAAUUCUACACCAAUUACGUCAACCUGGUAUUGAGUGUCUUUUACCAUGCUACAAAAAGCCUGCCUGAGCUGAAGCAUUUGGUCCAGUUGAACUUCAAAGCUUACUGUGAGCCCAUAGAAAAGGGAGAGGCCACAGAGACGGACAUCAAGAAACUGUGGAGGAACAUUGAGCCUCACCUGAAGAAGGCCAUGUCAUCAGUUUACCUGAGAGAAGUGUCCAGUUCCCAGUUUGAGAGAAUGCAGUCACUGGUGUCUGAGUCCGCGACCUCAGGGGAUCUUCCGCAGCUUCAGCCACAAAUGAAGUUGACAGGGACCACAAAGAUUGAACUCCCCUUCUACUCCAAGUUCCUUCUGAUUGCUGCCUACCUGGCCUCGUACAACCCAGCUCGCACAGACCGCAGGUUCUUCAUGAAGCACCAUGGCAAGCAGAGAAAGACGCAGGCUAUGAUCAAGGCCAAGGAGCGCUCCAGCAACCAGCUUGUGGGCCCCAAGCCCUUCCCCCUGGAGAGGCUGAUGGCCAUUUUCUACUCCAUCAUAGAAGACAGAGUCAGCCCAACUGCGAACAUCUUCUCACAGAUCUCGACACUAGUAACCCUAAGGCUGGUGACGCAGAUUGGAGGGGAGGACCAGCUGGAUGCACCCAAAUACAAAUGUGCUGUGCCCCUUGACUUCAUUAGAGGCAUUGCAAGAACUGUUGGCUUUGACAUUGUGCGUUACCUCUACGACUAUGCUUAAGGCAGGCCCUUUCACCUUAACCCAAUGCUGCCGGAGAAAAUUAAUAAAAUUGGGGAAAAUGCUGUGUUCAUUUUCUAUAUUUUUUGUGAAAUGUCUCUACACAUAGAUGGCUUUGCUAGUGCUUAGACACAAAGGAGUCAAAUUAGCAGACCUUGCAACCUUACCUGAUUUGAAUUGUCAGGAAAAACAUAUUUUUUACUAGUGCUUUGAAUAUCUAUGGAGUUAUUUUUAUUAUAAACAUUAUAAUUAUUAUAAUGUUUUAAACAUAACUAACAGGAAAAUAAGAUAAUGUAAAAUAUUUUCCUAAUUCAAAGAAAAGGGUAAAUGAGUGAGACAGGCAGUACUCGUAACUGGCUCAUUGGUGACUUAGUACAAAUGUGGCCAUCUACGUGUAAAAACAAUCAAACAAGUAACUCGCGUAUGUACAUUUCAUGCCCAUUGGCGUUGGGUUAAAAAGGGGCAUUGUAAACCUCAGUGAGUUGGAUCAAGCAAACACCAUGAUGUGUGUGUCUUCCUUAGAUGAGGAUGGUUACAAACCAGAUUCUUCAUUCUCAGCAGAUGCCUGUGUUGCUCUUUGCGUUUUGCAGAGGGUGAGGAAUUUUGAGCACGUUGCAGGAGACACAAAUCUUUUGGAGAAAGUUGCGGUUUUCAUUGGAUUCAUUGUCAGGCAGCCAAUGGGUUGUGCUAGGAAUCUGUUUUGAAUAGAGUUGGAGUCUUUUUAGAAACUUUCUUUUUUGUAGAUAAUUGAUUGUAAACACAGAACUCAUUCUUUCUCUCCCUCUCUUUCUCUUUCCUUCUCUUUUGUUCUUUCUCUUUCUCUUUUUCAUCUCCUUCCCUCUCACCCCUCUGCCUCCCCAUUUCUCUCACUCCCUCUCCCCUCUCACCCAUUCUUCCUCCCUAUCUCUCUCACCACUCCUGCUGCCCCCCCUCCCUCUUUCCAUAUAUCCUUUUAUGGCACAGUGUCUCUCUUCCUCUUCCUCUUUAUCACCCUCUCUCUCUCCUGCUUUUGUCUUGUCCCAUUUCCUAUCUGUGUGUGUGACCCUUUCCUUCUCCUCUAUGAUUACCCCUACUUCCUCCCCACCCCUUUCUCCUUCACCCUCCCCACCCCUCUCUCCUUCA